UGUGCGUAGUUUUAAUAAUUUUCUUGAUAAUUUAGUCGAACUUUUAAUACCACGGUGAAGGAGAUCAGCGUAGCGGCGACCGGUAGUGACGCCAGAGAGUGCGUGCUUCACUGCGGCUGCAGUCAAAAUCACGGCGUUCAAAUAAUGCACGGAUUGUUUUAAACAGAACUGACAAGCUGUCUGCUGCUGACUGUUGAGAAGAACUGUCUGCAUUACAUUGCAGCGCCGCUCGACUGUAUAAAAGCAGUUCAGAGCUGUGUUUUUAGAGCUGCAGUGUGCAGUGCUACUGAGAGCGCUCAGUAAUUGGUCGCAGUGUCCUGAUCAUUACGAGGCGCGAGCCGCGAUAAGAUGGGUCAAAAUCUCUGUGACAAGCCAUAAAUAUCAAAAAGAGAGUAAAGAUGGACUAUAGGCGCAAGAGGAGACUGACCUUCUUCACGAUAGGACUGAUCUUCUUACUGAGCGGGAUCGAGUACGCUGUGAUUUUGCCCACAAUAUGGAGGUAUCUGCAGACGUUAAAUGCAGCACCGUACUUUCUUGGUCUCAGCCUGUCGGCGUUCAGCUUCAGCGGGCUUCUCGCUGGCCCUUUGUUUGGCUUCUGGUCAGAUCGCACCCUCGCCACCAAAAAAAUCAUCCUGUUCGCCAACGUCUUUGAGAUUGUUGGUAACUUCAUGUAUUUCAUGGGAUACUCCAAAUGGUUACUGCUCUGCAGUCGUCUAGUUGCAGGUAUUGGCACCGGUGCUGGAUCAUCGAUCUUUGGCUUUUUGACUAGAAAUACAGCCCCUGAGGAUCGUUCAACUGUUUUUGCUGCGGUUAUGGCCUGCCGUCAAGCUGGGCUUCUGAUUGGUCCUGCAUUCAAUAUCUUUCUCAGACUCUGUAACUUCCAGAUCGGACCUUUUACAGUGAACAAAUACACUUCCCCGGGGCUCUUCAUGUGCCUGCUGUGGAUACUUCUUCAGUUUGUAGUCCUGUUCAUGUACUGGGACUUCACCCCUCAAGACGAAACACGUCAGAGGAACGGAGUGGAGCGGGAGGAGGUGGAGCAGGAGGAAGAGGAGGGAAAACCUUUGGUUGGGCCCAACGAGCUCACUGGCUCAUACGGGACGGUCACCAGCGUCCAGUCCAGAACCUCUUCAGUGGCCAACGGAGAUGUGACCCAUGUUUCCCCUCCGCCUUCUCCCCCUGAGGAGGUCAGCUCCAGUCCCUUCAGGAACUUCAGUGCCAGCAGAGAGUUCCUCAGAGAGGAGGUGGUUGUGCUGUUGGCUGCUCAGUUUAUCACACUGUUUAAUCAGACAGCUCUGGAGACUAUGGUGACUCCUCUGACACAGAAGUUCUUUAACUUUGGCGAGUUGGAGAACAGCAUCAUGUACUGUCUGUGUGGCGUCGAGGUGAUCGCUGGCUUUCUGUUUGUGCGCUGGUUGAGCAAGCGUGUGGCGGAGCGAGUGGUGCUGGCCGUCGGCCUCAUCCUCUGCAAUAUCUCCUGUGUCUGGUGCCUGAUCUUCCUGGCCAAUCCUCAGGGUGGAUUUGCCUGGCAGCUGGCGGAGUUCAUCAUAGGUGUUUUCCUUCAGGUCCUGGGCCUUCCUUUUGUGGCAGUCGCCCAGGUGUCUCUCUUCUCCAAAAUUACAUCAGAGAAGACGCAAGGGUUCAGUCAGGGGAUUCGGCGCUCUGUCGGAGGACUGGCCACCAUUCUCGGGCCUCUCUGGGCGGGCGGUCUGACCUUUAACCUGUACGUGAUGCUUGGGCUGAUGAUGGGUCUGCUCGCUCUACUCACUAUCAUGAUGGUGGUGUCGUAUGAGCGGCUGGUGGCGCCCGUAACUGUAGACAAUCCCACAGGAAGUGAGUCAGAAGACUGACACAGGUUUGACAUCAUCUAGCUUGUGCCGUUGUCGAUGUUAAUGCAGCUCCAGCUGAUCAGUGACAAGCGGACAUCAUCUGGAUUCACUGCAGCAACAGAAAUAAAUGCAGUGAACGGAGACAUCAGGAGUGGGUAAGACCAACAUAAGCAGAAUGACGAAAGCAAGCGUGAGGCUGAUGGAUGAAUCUCUGGAUGUCUUCAUCUCAGGGCAAAGACUCUUUUGAUAAAUGGAUGUUUCUACUAUAUUUCCUAUGGAAAUUCCAGUAGAUGAGAUGUUUUAGGAUUAAGAACGAAAGGCCACAUUCCGAGGGAAAAUCCAUUCAUGUGCGUUAUAAUGCUUUUAUAUUAAUACAGAGAUUAAUGCAAUUAGUUAUAUAUUUGUUGCUGAUUGAUUAUUUAAUAAAAGAUAAUAUUACUUAUGUGUGUUUGAAAUGAUGCUGAGGCUAUUUGUGUUAGAAAGCUUUAGGGUUUUGUUUUUAAUUAAAUAAAUUUUUUUUGGUCUUAAACAUUAUAGGAUUACUGCUACUGACAAAAAAGAACAUAUUAUACAACCUUAUGCCCAAAGUACCAGAGCUGCAUUAAUAUAAACUAUAACUGGGACAAUAAAUAACCCCAUUCCGUCUCUUUACACGUGUCUUGCAUCUCGCAAUUGUUAUUUUUCCUUUCUGCCACAAUGGAAAAAAUAAAAUGGGUAACUGUGACUUUUUAUUUCA